GUGUGUGUGUGUGUGUGUGAGUGUGUGUGUGUGUGUGUGUGUGUGACUUGGAGAAGGAGUGUGUGUGUUUAUCAUGAUGAACGCAGUAAUUAACAAAGCUGCUUUACCCAGAUGAUGGUUCAGCGAGCUAUGGCAGCCAAGAGUUUAUCCCAUGCGCAGGGCGGUACACUCUUUGCUGGAUAUAUGAAGAUCCUUCCAGUAUUUAUCAUAGUAAUUCCAGGGAUGAUCUCUCGCGUCCUGUUUCCCAGCGAAGUCGGUUGCGUCGAUCCCGAGGAGUGCCUCAAGUUCUGCGGAUCCGCGACCUCGUGCUCGAACUCGGCGUACCCGAAGCUGGUGUUGGAGUUUCUCCCUGGGGGCAUGAGGGGAAUCAUGGUCUCGGUCAUGCUCUCGGCGCUCAUGAGUAACCUGACGUCGAUCUUCAAUUCGGCUUCGACCCUUUUCACGAUGGAUCUCUGGACGCUAUGUCGACCCAAGUCCAAGGCCAGGGAGCAGCUGAUUGUCGGGAGGUUGUUUAUCGUCGUGUUGGUCGUCAUCUCAAUUCUGUGGAUGCCAAUCAUCGAGAGGUCACAAGGUGGACAGCUGUUUGUGUAUAUACAAGUAGUUGCGUCGUACAUGGCACCUCCUAUUGCAGCCAUCUACUGUAUGGCUGUAGUAUGGAAGAGGUUGAAUGAGCCAGGAGCGUUCUGGGGCCUUAUGAUUGGCUUCGUGGUGGGCAUGGUUCGAAUGGGAUUGGAUUUCUACUACACUGAGCCUCCCUGUGGUGAAGAGGACCUGAGACCAAAUAUCAUUAGAAAGAUUCACUAUAUGUACUUUGCCACACUAAUGUUUUGGGGAACGUGUUUCGUGUCUGUGAUUGUGACGUUCAUCACAGACCCUCCAGAGGAGUGGCGGCUGAUUAGGACGACCUACUUUACGAGGCUCGACCACAGAGACCGUGAAGAUGACAUGGAGAUGAAAGAAAGAGUCAACAACGAGCUAUUGGAGGUGGCCCACACUAUAGAAGAAGCAAGUGUUGACGGAGAUCACCCUCAACCAUGGUACAAGAAAGCGUACAACUGUAUUUGCGGGUUUGACGUUUCAAAAGACGCUGAGGAACAAGCAGUUGCCAUGAACGAGCAUUUAGCAGAACUGACGAACCUUCACCAGGAAACGUGGGAGAAAUAUUUACUGAACAGUAUGCUGGUCUUCAUACUCAUAAUCGCUGUAUCUUUCUUUGUUUACUUCUCCAUCAAUCCCUUCACAGAGGAGGAAAUUCAUGACAUCCAACGAAAGAAGUUAGAGGAACUCGGCUAUUAUGAUGUUCUUUAAACCCCGUAUUACAGUAUAUAUACGUUCGAUUCACGGAAAAAAGCGUGUUCAAAAUGCAGUUAUGAAGGCUGUGUAUUUCAAUUUUUGCUAUAGAUUUGAGUUAGAUUUGGUUUAUUCUAGGAGCAUUGUUUUUUAGCAUUGUUUUUUUUUCCUAAUUUUUAUAGAAAAUCUGUGUAAGGUGCAGUUACGAAGACCAUAUUAAAAUAUAUGCAAGUUUUCAGGUUUAAAUAUGGUUUAUUCCAGAUGCAUUUAUCAAAAUGUCACUAUAAUUAGUUUAAAGUAUAAUUAGUAUAGACAUUUUUGUAUAGCCCAGUACAUGUAAAUGUGGGGUUUAUGAAGUGUGCUAAAUAUUCUCAUCCUGAUUAAAAUUGUUUCCUGCAUUUGUUGUAAAUCAAUAAGUUGUGCAUUUGGAUCUUAAAUAUAGGAAUUAAUAUGAUUGGUUAAUAGCAUUGCACAUCUUAUUGAUUCUUUUUUUUUAAUUUUUUUACUUACGUUCAAUGUUUCUUACGUGAAACGUGGAAUCACGUUUUCACUGCAUUGGAAUGUUCAAAAUAAGGUUCAUAGGGAUAAAGGUCCAUGAUUGUUAACAUGUAUGUACAGCAGUGUGGUUGAACUGCUGCUUGGUAAAGACAUUUAGUUAAGUUUUUACUUAAGUCUGCGUGUUUUAUGAAAAAAUGUUUAUCGUAAAGAUGGAGAUCAUUGAUCUUUGUUGGUUGUUACUGUAUUUUGUGAAAUAAAUCGU